GACAUUUUAAAAGGGCUGGAGAUUGCGGGCGUCAGUGGCCAUGGCGGAUACAGCGACCACAGCCUCGGCGGCGGCGGCCAGUCCCGCAAACGCCUCUACUGAUGCUCCCCCUUUCCAGCUGGGCAAGCCCCGCUUCCAGCAGACAUCCUUCUAUGGUCGCUUCCGGCACUUCUUGGACAUCAUUGACCCUCGGACACUCUUUGUCAGCGAGAGACGUCUCAGAGAAGCCGUGCAGCUGUUGGAGGACUACAAGCGCGGCACCCUACGUCCGGGAGUUACCAAUGAACAGCUCUGGAGUGCCCAGAAAAUCAAACAGGCUAUCCUACACCCAGACACCAAUGAGAAGAUCUUCAUGCCUUUCAGAAUGUCAGGUUACAUUCCUUUCGGGACGCCAAUUGUGGUGGGUCUUCUCUUGCCCAACCAGACUCUGGCAUCUACUGUCUUCUGGCAGUGGCUGAACCAGAGCCAUAACGCCUGUGUCAACUAUGCAAACCGCAAUGCUACCAAGCCUUCACCUGCAUCCAAGUUCAUCCAGGGUUACCUGGGAGCUGUCAUCAGUGCUGUCUCCAUUGCUGUGGGCCUUAAUGUACUGGUUCAGAAAGCCAACAAGUUCACCCCAGCCACUCGCCUUCUUGUGCAGAGAUUCGUGCCCUUCCCUGCAGUAGCCAGUGCCAAUAUCUGCAACGUGGUCCUGAUGCGGUAUGGGGAACUAGAGGAAGGGAUUGAUGUCCUGGAUGCUGACGGCAACCUCGUGGGCUCCUCAAAGAUCGCAGCCAGACAUGCCCUGCUGGAGACAGCACUGACACGUGUGGUCCUGCCCAUGCCCAUCCUGGUGCUUCCCCCGAUCGUCAUGUCCAUGCUGGAGAAGACAGCUCUCCUGCAGGCACGCCCGCGGCUACUCUUGCCUGUGCAGAGCCUUGUGUGCCUGGCAGCCUUCGGCCUGGCCCUGCCGCUGGCCAUCAGCCUUUUCCCGCAGAUGUCAGAGAUUGAAACCUCCCAGUUGGAGCCUGAGAUAGCCCGGGCUACAAGCAGCCGGACUGUGGUGUACAAUAAGGGGCUAUGAGUGAAGAUCAGCCGGCCUGGAAACACAACACUGUCCAGGCCGGAUGUUCGGGGCGGGGAAGAAGUCUCAUGAGCUGUCUCUGCAGGGAGGGGCUGCCUGGGGAGCAGUCACCCUCCAGCAGAAGGGAGACUACCCAUUCCCAUUCUAACAUAUAGGAGAGCAAUUCUGACACAUUUCCUACACAAGAAUCAAGUGCGUCCCUGGGCCUUACAUGGGGUGGACAGACUCCGCUCAGCUCAGUUCCGUCUGAGCUGAGGAACUGUAGAGUGCUCCCGGGGUAGAAUUAGAAUCCUUUUAUAUGUUGGGGUUUUUUUUUUUUGGUUUUAAUUUUAAUUUUUUUAUUAGAAGCAAGUCUGAGCCUUGGUUGCAGCUGACCAGAAGCAGCAAGUGGACAGGUGGACAGGUGGAGGGAGCCAGAGGGGCCUGGGAUCUGGUUUGGAUUGAUGGAAGGGAAAUGUGUAAUGGCUUGAUGGGCCCUGAGUUAGAGAAGGGAGGGGAGGUGGUUUGCACCCCACAGCAUGGAGUAGCCAUGAUCCCUUAAGGUCCUCAGGAACUGACUCACUUGCUAAGGGAGCCUGAGAGACCUCUGGAAGAUUUCGGGAGCAGGGGCCUCUGAAUGUUGCCAACUCCUGUCCACGCCACAGUGGAAUGGAAAUCAGUGAGCCCAGGCCCCUGAGAGCUCUCCAGCUCUAGACAGGGAGCCCCGCGAACGAACAUUGUUCUGUGUGAACAGGAAGAGGAGCCUGUCUGGGCUCUCUGGGGAAGGUUCUUUUCCAAGAGUAGCUAAAGUUGUAAACUGGGACAGAGGAAGGCUGAGCCCACUGCGGCGCAGUCUGUAGCCACUGACCCUGUUCGUCCCAUCUCACACCUUCCCGCAGAGGGGAGCCUCCUGCUUGAGGGUACAAGGCCUUACCUCUGGCAGCUGCCUGAGAGGUAGCUCUGGCACUGGCGGGCUCUGUGGCAACCAGUGGACAAGCCACCCGCAUCUCUGAGCUUCCAUCCCCUGCCUGGAAGCAAACGACCGAAUCGGGGUUCCCACUAGGCCUUUGACUCCUCUCGGCCUGCUUCACUCAGAUGCUGCACAUUCCAAGUAUGUCUCUGCGGCGGAUUCCGGUCUGCAUAUGCACCAGGCCCCUUUGGAAAUGGCCAGCACUUGGCCUCAUAGGAGGAUUUUGCCCUUCUGUAUGUGAUCCCAUGUCCUGGAAGACCUUGACUUGUGCCAAACACCUCUUGGCUGUGGAGGAGGUGGUACGGAUGCCCAAGGCAAGCGUGAGGUGCCACUCCACAGGCCACCUCUCUGUGCUGUAGAUGCUGAUGGCUCCUGAUCCCAUCUCAUUGGAGGCCUUAGAAGAAGCGGGGAGGCAGGGUCUGGGUGCGGGUGGGUAGGGUGACUCCUGGUCCAAAAGAUCCACAGAAAGGAGAUACACGGUCUUCACACAGCCCUCAUCUAGUGAGGUCACCACUAGAAUGGGAGCCCUGAAUUGUGACCCUGGAGCCACCCCAUGGUGACUCAGGAGGGGGUCAAGCCGAAGGUGACCAUGUAUGGUUGUAGUAAAAGGCUGGCACAGGACAGAAGGGACAAGGCCACAGAUUGCCUGCCAGAAUCUUAAGGCGAGUGUAGCUGCAGUUACAUCUGCCAUGGGCAUUGGCACCAUGGUCUCCAGACUUUGACUAGGGACCAGAUCUGUGCGGAGCCUCUUUUGAAAAGUUCAUUCCCAACUCUCCCUGCCUGCACUUGUCCUAGAGCCUUGUCCUUACACAGUUUAUCUUGGGACCAAAACUGCCCUCAUCUAGCCCCGCCUCCUCCAGAAGCCCCACAGACUAGGGCCUCCUCCAGCUCCCUUUGUACUGGCUGUCACUGCACGGCCUCAGCAUCCCUCAUCAGUUCGCCUUGUGUGUGGAGGUGAUUUCUAUCACACUCCUGAAUACAAGCCCAGGUGAGAGGAGGGGGCUGCUCCUUUGGAGCAGUGGGAAAAGGUCCUUGUCGUUCUGUGUGAUGGUGACUGAGGGUCUUGAGGCAUGCUGCUAAACCCUGUUCUGACUUCAUAAACUCCAUGCGGGAAGCUUUCUGUGACUGCAAAUGCCCCGAUCUGCCGAGGCUACAGGAAACAAGCCAAGGGGGAAAGGCGCACAGAUGAACUCUCUAUGGAUUUUCUUUUGCCAACUGUCAGGGUGUAUCUCCAACAGGCUCUCCAGCCCUGACAUUCCUGACCACCUCUCCUCUGGCUACUUUAAACAUUCCCUAAGGCUCCAAGGUUGCUCUUCCAUUUCUGGAAAGCAAUUUGAGAGUGUGGAAACCAAAAGUCUAUGAUGCCAAGAUGGCCGCCAAACCGGAACAUCUUCACUCUGUCUCACUUCCUGAUUGUGGACAUUGUCUGUCUGAAGCCCCUGGCCUGGGGAAGGGUGGGGGGGAUGGAGGAGAAGAGCCAGUAUGUGUGGGGGGUGGGCAGAACCAUGGUAAGGCUUCCAACCUCGGGCAGGUAUGGGUGAGGCCCCAACAUAUGUGCCUCAGCAUACCUACGGAUUUCAGACUGUCUUUUUAACCUCAGAAAAUUUCUCAAUUUAUGUGAUUUAUGCCAUACUAAUGAGCUGUGGGCAAUAAACAUGGAUUUAAAACACACGGGCGUGGCC